AUGGGGUAUUCCAGCUGCAGGACAGAAGUUGGUUCCCUGUCAGUGUUCAUCUAUGAUUAUGUGAAUUUUGUUGAUGAAAAUGGGAUUGCAGUUGGUGAAAGGAUAUCCAAAGAGUAUUUUGAGAUCUUGAGGACUAUUAGAAGAAGCAAGUGGUACACUUCAAAUCCUGCAGUUGCCUGUAUAUUCAUCCCUGCUUUGGAUCUCCUGAAUCAAGAGCGCAUCCGCCUUGAAGCUGCUGGGACCGCACUGAAGUCUCUAACUUGGUGGAAUGGGGGAAGGAACCAUCUUGUCUGGAAUAUGCUGCCUGGUGGUCCACCAAAUUAUGAGCCAUUUUUGGAAGUUCCAAAGGGGCUUGCCAUGGUAGCUGGCGCUGGCUAUUCAAUCAGUUCAUUUCGACAUGGAUUUGAUAUUUCAAUCCCUGUAUUUAAUUCUCACAUGGAAGGACCUCCCCUUCACCUUCACCAUGAGUACAAGUGGCUGGCAGCUGUACCACAAGAGCACUUGCUUUCAGAAUUUGAAGAGAGAGUGGAAAAGCAAGCAAAGAAUACAAAUAUCCUUCAAUUCAUCCCAUGUCCCCGUGGUCCUAUUCCCAAUUAUCGGGAAAGGUGUUUCUCCAAUGGAACUUCUGUUCUUUACCCAGAGAUACUCACAAAAUCAAAAUUUUGCCUGAUUUUCCGGGAUGUCCGGACAACGCUGCUGGUUCUCCAAGAUGCCCUAAAAGCUGGCUGUGUUCCUGUGAUUUUUGCAGACCAACUUGUUCUUCCCUUCUUUGAAGUCAUUGAUUGGACCAAAAUAGCAAUUCAUGCAUGGGAACAUGAGUUCAUUGAGGUGAUGACUCUUCUGUCACAAGUCCCUGAUUGGCAUAUAGAAGAAAUGAAGGCUCAAGGGAAGUGGGUCUUUGAGUCCUACUUCUCUACCAUUGAAAAGAUUACCCACACAACAUUGGAAAUUUUGGAGAGUCGACUCUUCCCUCAUCUUCAGAAGUCUUAUGAAGAUUGGAAUGUUCGUCCCACCAAGAAUCUGGUGAAGAGUCCACUGCUGUAUCCAAUGAAACUGCCAACCCGUUCGUUUGGAUUCACUGCUGUGAUCCUGACAUAUGAUCGACUUUCCACACUAUUUACGGUCAUCAACAGAAUUGCACAGACUCCAUCCUUGACCAAAGUUCUUGUUGUAUGGAACAAUGUUGAUACACCCCCUCCUCCUGGUGCUGCUUUCUAUCACAAGUACUGGAGUUUUGCAUACUGGACAAAGUUACCAAAGGAGAUCAAAGAAUGGGUGGAUGAAAACAUGAAUUGUGAAGACAUAGCAAUGAACUUCCUUGUCUCCCAUUUUACUCACAAGGGCCCAAUCAAGGUUGGUCCAAGGAAGAAGUUCCGGUAUCCAGAAUACCAGAAUGCUCAACUAUCGACGGAUUUGGGCCAUAUGAAGAGGCGCAGUGAAUGCAUCAAUCGCUUUGCAGGGGCAUUUGGAUAUAUGCCAUUGAGAAGUGUUGAGUUUCGUGCAGAUCCUGUUCUCUACAAAGAUGAUUUCCCUGACAAACUCAAGAGAUUUCCAGAAGUUGGCACUCUUUGA